UUAUUUGUUUUGAUAAGUUGAAAGUCCAAUUCGAAUUGGAAUGAAAACUAAAAAUACCCAAUCGAAACAUUAAAAUGUAUCUUUCAUGUUUUCCCAAUGAAAUCAAUUUUAUGUGAAAAUUAUGUAUAACGAUGACAAGGAUUUGUGUUGCUGCGAAGAUUAUGAUUUAUCCAAUGAAAGAAACCAUAUACUUGCCUGCUGUUGUAAUUGCGUUGAUUUAGACGAAGUUGUCGACAAUUUUAUUAAAGGAAAACGAGUACCGGAACAUAAUAGGGCUGGAUUUAUGAACACCAUGAGAGAUCGACUGAGAGUCCCUUGGAUCGGAGGGGCAAAGCAAGUGACUUUUGAUUCCUUACUUCCUAUUUUUGUUUUACCCACCAUGUUUACAAUAGCCUCAUUCUCCUUAUGGUGGACAGUAUUCUCCUUUUCGACUGUUGCCAUGUUCCACCUACUUAUAUUCAAUUUUUUUAUCAGGACUCUACCUCAAACCAAGUUCUUCUUUGUGUGGACAGCUACCUCAAUUGUUCUGCUUUAUUUCAUAUUUGAAUUUGUUGUCAUUCCAUUUCUAGAAAUUCUAGUCGAAGAAAACAUUGCCUUGAGUAUCCUUAUAUUUGGGUUUAUAAUGUGCCUUUAUCUGACAAAGUUGAGAGCCAAUCAACUUACAGGAAUGUGUGAAAAUGAGACUGAGUAUAACCUGAACGGGAAGGAUAUUGCAGGAUUUUAUAAUUGUAGCAUUUGUGAUAGUAGGAUACCUGAUAAGGAUCAUCAUUGUGUUUGGUUUGAUUGUUGUAUAAGCAAACAUAACCAGUGUUUAUUUUUGUUGUCGCUAUUUUUUGCCAUUGCGGCAUUAUUGUACAGCUCAAAUCUAACCCUGACCUCUGUCUGCCAUCCAUUUGAGUUCUUUAAAACCAUUCUGUUACCUGAUGACUGUUCUGAUGUGUAUUAUCAGUUUGAAUUGGGAUUGUCAUUUGUAUCAGCAAUCUACAGUAUUCUAAUAGCAGUUUGUCUGUCUUUUAUAUUAUUUCAGCAAAUAAUGUUAAUUUCUUUAGGUAUACCGUUAAAAGAUUGGAAUAAGUUAUCUAUUAUGUCAAAAUUGUGUCUUGGUUUAAACACUAACAGGCCCCAUAAUAGAGGCAUUAUUAAAAACUGGUCCAGAAUAAUGUGUCAAAAUACUCCCAAAUAUAUGUCAGUAAUGAAUAGAGACGUUUAGUAGUAUGCUUUGAAUGUAAUUCUUGCUUUUAUGAUUUGAUCACAAAUAUUUAGCUUGGAAUUUGCAAUUUCUUAAUUUAUAUAAGUAUUACACCUUUUAGAAUAGUACUUGAGCCUAAAAAUUUUAUAUAUUUUCAGAAAAAUAUAGAUUGAAACCUCUAGGAUAUUAAAAUGUUAUAAGGUUUCAAAAAGUCUACAGUUUGUAUAUGUUGUUUAUAUUAAGGCAAUAAAUUAUUUUUUUU